CUCUUAUUUUCAAGAGGACUCAGAUAUAAAUUUUUUACUGCAGUAAAUUCAAUGGACGACACAAGUUUGCAGAAAUUCACAGUUAGUGCUGGUGUUUUGAAACCGGAUUUUGACACCAAUGUUUAUACAUAUUCGUUACUAUUGGGCGCACGAGAAGAUCAGGUGCGUUUUGAUUGGCUGACGAGAGACAAGGGCGCCUCGUGUGACUUCAGAGGCUGUCCUGGCAAUGGGAAAACUCUCAGUCUGGGAAAGGGAGGUCAAAAAGAGGUCAAACUUGAGGUCACGUCUGAAGAUGGAUGUCACACAGCUGUAUACAAAGUGUUUUGUGAGCGCAUGUCAGGCAGUGACUCAUCACUAGACUCGAUCAUCUUCUCUGACGCACAGACUCAACUGAGACUCAUCCCCCCUUUCAACCCAGCAAGACACGAAGAGGACUUCUACUGUUCUGUGCCGUGGAAGAGAACUUUUCUCUUGAUCCGAACCAAAACAAACGACAAAGAAGCUUCAGUUUCAUUUGGGAAAGGGGUUGAAAAACUGAAGAAGAAUGAGUGGAAAAUGAGUCUUCAAGGAAACGAUGUCAAUAUGAAAGUGAAGGUCACAUCCUUUGACAGGUCAACAAUAACUAAAUACAGCUUCCUGCUGUGUCGUGAGCGACCUCGAGUUGCCUUGCUUCCCGCUGAACCACCUGCAACACAGUCAGAUAUAGAGAUAGUGAAGAAGACUUCGUGCACUUUCUGCUGCAAUGUCCUCAACAACCCAAUCAAUGCACCAAUCCAGGUGCAACAAUCAUCACUACAGCAGCAAUUGCAGAAGCAGCAGCAGCCAAAAAUUAAUAUCGAUAAAAAUGAUAAUCAUAGUAAUCAUAAUCUUAAACAAAAUGAUAAUAACGAGGAAGAUUGUGACAACGAUAGUGUAAUGAUGGGGGGCUACAAAAACGGAUCGAGUGCUGAGGGGGGACUGGGAGAAGACUGUCUGUUCUGUUCGUCUUGUAUCGACACCCUCACAAUGGGGUCCAACUUCCACCCAAUUUCAGGUGAGUUGAUGCACGGCAGCUGGAAACAUCAUCACGAGCAGUCUGAGAAGUUUCUCACAACUAAGCACUCCAAAUGCAUAUACGCCAGGUGCAACUUCACAUCUGUCUACAACGAAGUAUUGGAUCAUAUUUCUGGAUGUGACCAGAAAACGAAUGAGCUGCCGUUUCUAUACGAGUGUAUGAGUGAUGACACCGUGCCUUGCGAAGGAUGCGGGAGGCAUGUUGUCGGCUCACAGAAGGGCGAUCAUGACUCCUUCUGGUGCUCUGGGGUACUGGACCACGUGGACCACGAGACAGUGUUCCACCCGAAUCAGACUUUGAGGGGGUGGGAGGUGCGGCUGAUAGAACCCAACAUCCUGGACAACCCCUCCUCACUGUCACACGCAGAGUCCCAAGUGGACGCCAUUCUCUACAAGUACCACGACUGUCUUCCGGAGUUCUCUGGCUCUGCCCUGACGGAGGAGCCGGUGAAGAUUCUGAGUGAAGCUGCCAAGUUGCUGGCCACAGCCAUCAGUGCCAAUCCGAACAAAUACAAACUACACAUGCGACUAGCACAGGUUUUGGAGGAGUGGAACUUUGUUAAUGAGACUAUGAGCUACCAUGGGAACAGUAUCUCUGCCAGGACCAAUGACUCACUUCAGACCUCUGCUGACUCAUCCCAGGAGGAAGAGGUCAAGGCCAUCUGCAGCAGACACGGGGUCAAGGACACAGACACUCUGGCAAAGAAGCUCAAAGCACUCGACAUUGAAUACCAUCAACUUCUUGAGUGGGGAAAACUUUCCCGUGCAGAUUACCUCGCCUUUCUCUACUCGUGGAAGAGCAAAAAGGCUGCACAGGAGAGAAAUGCCUCCAAAUUCUCCUCUGAAAACAUGGAGGACCCAUUUUUACAGUGUCGCGAUAAAUACAAGGACGCUAUUGGUCUAGAGCAGAAAAAUGCAGACUUGUUUUUACUAGCAGGAAAAUGCGAUUUACUCAUUGGCGAUCUAAAUUCAGCCAAUAGGAAGUUCUCAAUUGCAAGUUCAAUCAGACCGAGUUCAAUUGAGUUCAAGUUUUUCAUGGGGCUGACAAUCGUUCUGCGAAAAGAAAAAAGUCGCUACGAAGUGGCGCUGGUUUUUCUGCUGCGAGGCUUCAAUGAGAUCCAGUUGAACCGAGUGGGCCUGGCCUCCGACUCUAUUAAGACCUUGUCGGAAGGGGGGAAUGAUAUUCUUCAGUGUCAGAAGAAAUGGAUCACACAUGACAUCAAUGUGGUCAGAGGUCUGUGGGCACUGUGCAAGUUACUGGUUCACUUCAAACACCGAUCCAGCUGCCAAAUUAUUCUAUCAUCACUGUUUCUCAUGCAAAACGGGCUAAGUAAAAUUCAGAGGAAAAACAGCGUCUAUUACCACCGAAUCACUUGGCACAUUUUCAAAACUUACUACCUCUACAUCAAAGCAAUCAAUAAACCUGUCAGCCAAUCAGAAUCGAAGCCACAAAAUGAGUCAUCAUUAUCACAAUUAGACAAUGCGUGUGAAAAGAAUGAUAGCCAAUCAGAAAUCACGAAGUUUCUGUGUUCCAAUUUGGCAUCUUUGAUUCAUCAUUCUAAUCUGAAGAAGGAAUUCAAAUUGAGUCUUCUAAUGGAAAAGGUGUGUCGAGUGGCAGUGGUGAAUUCGCCCAACUGCUCCAAACUCCUGUUCCUCUUAGGGUUUGCCCAGUUGGGCAUGUACGAAGUGCACGAGAAAGAGAGCAGUCUGCUGGCGGCCAAACUCUCCUUCGAAGCCAGUGUUGAUUUGGAGUCCAAGCAGUAUCAUGAUGCUGAGGUGCACGAAAAACUAACACAACAGAACUGGUUUUCAAAACUAAAUCAACGCGAGUCCGGCUCCAACAGGAAGAACUCAUCGACACAAGAGGCACAAACAAACUCCAAGAGCAGCCCGGCUACCUCCAAAGGAAAAGUUCCAAUUUCCAAACAAAACUCAACAAAAACACCUGCAAAUCCAAUUCAAAAUGCCAAACCAGCUGUUCAACGUAAAACGUCAGAACCGGUUCAAUCUUCGUCGAAAGCCACCGCGAAGAAUGCUGCAAAUAAUUCAAACACCCGAAAACUAUCACAGCCGAAUUCUUCAAAAAUAAAGUCAACUUCAAACGGGUCUUCCGCGGCCCCGAAAGUUGCAGAGAGUUCAAAUUUAACCAAACCAAUGUCGCAGCCAAAUAAGAAUCAGCAUAAUUGCGAAACUGCACAGGUUAAAAAAGAUAAUACCCAAAAGACAGAAAACUUCAGUCCAAAAUCUGAAACGCCAGGUGGAGCUGGCGGCGAUAGAAGCGAAAGCGCAGUUGAGUUUGGGAAUAGUAAGAGCAGCACAGAAGUUUCUGUUCCUCAAAAAAACCGCACCGGAAACGAAGUAUCCUAUAUGCCACGGCUAGGUCUUGCAAGAUGUAUGGGCCAUCUGAAACAGUUGGAACUGGCACGCAGUUUCUACGAAGAAGUGUUCACAAUGUCACCCCUACUACACGAGGCUUACAUUGAAGCGGGAUCCCUCAUCUCCAAAACAGACCCCCUGGGUGCCGUGGACAUCUACUGUCGCUACCCAUUCGACCAAUCAGACUCCAGCUUCGACGACGCCUACCUGCACGGGGAGAUUGUGCACCUGGUGACCAAACACAACCCGGACCCUGGAAGUGACCCCCGACUGGAGUUUCACAUGAGCGAGUGGGGAAAGAUUAGUGGGAUUAAUAUCCUGGAAAAAUACAUGGAUAUUCUGAUUGAGAAACACUGCAUGGAUUUAGUGAUGAGGAUUUUCGCAAACGUCAGUGGAAAAUCGGUUCACGAUGAAGACAUGCGACGCUUUUACAAACUUAAAGGCUGGGUUUGAAAAACAAACUAAAAACUAUCCUGACAAACUUUUUUGCAAGCAGAUUAGAU